CCCGGCUCGAUAACGUCGUUGCGCUCGUGUCACCGUUUUACGCCGUUUUAUCAUUGAAUAAUAAUAAUAAUAAUAGUAAACGAUCGAAUAAUUUGUGAUAUAAAGUGAUAUAAAGCGAUCAGUGGCGUUGUUAUCGCGAAUUUAUUGCGACUCGACGGCUACGUCCCUUGCAUCUACAUUUCCACAUCCCCUUCUUCCCUGAAGGGGGAGGGAAUUGAUUUUAAAUUUGUUCAAUAUUUUGGAUACAUUUAUUUUUCGAGUAUUUAAAUAUUUCUCGAUUAUAUUUACUCGAGAACGUUCUAUCUUGUUCGGUAUUAGUGUUGAAAAUCAAAACUUUUAUUUUUUUGAAAUAUUCUUUGAAGUUUCAUUUAUUGGGGUAGAUUCUUUAGAGAAGGAAAAUAAUAGAUUUUUGAAUGUAGAACAUUUUUGCGAUAUCGAAUCGAGGGACGUAGCAUCGUCGAUUCGAUGAUUAUUAAUUGUUGCUCGUUUUUCAUAAUGCGUGAUGUAGCUAUGGAAAAUUAUCAAAGGGAUUUCGACGAUUUCGAUUUUUUUGACGAUUGGGCUCGAAGAAGCCUGCGAGUACGGCGUCAGGAGAUCGCGGGGCCCUCCUCUGAAAGAAGGGGCUCCGCGCGAGAAGGGGCACGUAAACGUAGUACCCCUGGACCCGUCGUGGUGUUGUCCGCCGGGGGUGGCGGUGGUGGUGGGGGCGGAGGUGGGUGCAGACGCCGUGACUUGGAACGACGCGGAGGUGGCGGUCGGGGGGCUCCCUGUCUUGCCACCAUCAGCUCCUCUGUCGCGGGGAGCGCGGGGGGUUGUGGCCCUGUGGUGGGGCUUCCCUCCUAUAAAAAGCGUCAAGGUAGCGGUGCCGCCUGGGGUCGUGGUAGCCGUGGCCGCGGCAGAGGUCGCGGGGGCGGCGCGAGCCUCCUCGGUUCAGGCGUCGCCCCCGCGAAUUACAAUUCAGGACUGCAGGGCGUAGCGCCUGAGCUGCGAGAGGUGGUGAACAUUCUCGGGGAGAGGAACCAGGUUGGCACGCUGACAGGCGUGGGGCCGCCGCCGGGAGCGUUGGACAGCGACGGGCAGGGGGACGAGGAGGAGGGCACCUCGACGAAAAGGCCGCCUAGGCCCCUCUACAGGAGGCUGAUCAAUUACGUUCGACAGGCGUGGACCGGAGUGAAAUUCGCUUUAGACUCGGAGUACGAGGAGGAACAAACGCCGAGAUACAGGCCCGACUCUUUGGCGAGUCUUUGUCGUGCUACCAGAUUCACAGAGGCAGAGUUGAAGAGAAUAUAUCGUGGCUUCAAGGCGGAAUGUCCCACGGGAGUCGUCAGAGAGGAAACUUUCAAGUGCAUCUAUUCACAAUUCUUUCCACAAGGAGCCAAUACUAGCCAGUACGCGCAUUACGUUUUCAACACCUUGGACCAGGAUCAUAGCGGUAUUCUCAGUUUCGAGGACUUCGUUACUGGUCUCAGCAUACUGUCUCGUGGUUCCAUCGAUGAGAAACUGCGCUGGACAUUUUCUCUUUACGACAUCAAUGGCGACGGUUGCAUCACGAGGGAAGAAAUGACGGACAUCGUGACAGCUGUGUACGAGCUGAUGGGCAAGUUUGCCGAUCCGAAUUUGGAUCACGAGGGUGUACGUGAGAAAGUAGAUCGAAUGUUUCAGAAGAUGGACGGGAACAAGGAUGGGGUGGUGACGCUCUCGGAAUUUCUGGAAGCAUGUCGUGCCGAUCCAGACAUUUCCACGAGUAUGGCGGCAUUGGACACGGCCUUCUGACACUCGGCACGACCACGAUACAUGCCAUGGACCUGAAAACAUUCUGUCGAUUUGGAAAUAUAUAUGUAUGAAUCGCUCAACGUUGUACCUUACCUCCUGGACCAGAGGGGAAAGAAUUUCCUCGAGGUGUAUCACGAAGCGAAGAUCUCGACGAGAGCGAGCCGAGAGGUUAGACCUCCCAGAGGUGUUACUCGUGCGCGAAUUUUCGGGCUCGAAGAGGGAAAGAUCUCGAGGAAAAAAAAAAAGAAACGACGUAGAUUUUUUUCCCCGCAACUUGUUCGAAAACGCGAUUUGUGAAAAGGGAGAGUCGCGUUUAAAAGAUCCGAAAACGACGCGUCGGUUUUUUCGCGGAUGAAAGAAUCCUUCUUUAUCCGUCGUUAAACUUUAAACGAUACGCGAACGACAUCUAUCGAAGAUCGGACGAAAUCGGUCCUAAGAAAAUAGAGAUUGUCCUUUCGAGAUUCGUAGUUCUAGCUAAUUAAUCCAGUAUGCGUAUCGUUAGGUAAGAAAGGAUUAGAUGAAAGACGAUAGAAGCAAAAAAUAUAUAUAUAUAUACUAUAUAUAUAUAUAUAUAAAAAGAUUAGAUAUCAAACAGAGAGAACGAUAUUAAACGAUUGUUAGAUAGUUAUGAACAGAACUUGUUACGAACUGGUUUCUGGUAGUUCGUUUUUUUUAAGGAACGCGCGCUACAAACGAUGAACGAAUAGGUAUAUAUAUAUAUAUAUAGAAAGAGAGAGAGGGAGAGAGAGAAAGAGAGCAGGCUAAUAAAAGAGAGAGAAAAAAAGAAAGAAAGAAUAUUAAUCGUGAAAGAUGAAAUGAAAUAAAAUAAAAGUUAAUUUGGUGUAAGAAAAUGGAUCGAUUUUUUUUUUGAAACGCAAAGAAAGAAAGCGUGCCAUUCGACGUGAAAUUGUGAAAUUGUGGCACUCAGUUCGUGCCAAAGAUAUAGAUCCAAUAAGGAAAAGAAGUCGUGAGAAGCAAUCUGUGCGAGAAUAAUAAUUGAGCUCGGCUUCGACAUUCAUUUUUAUUUCUUUUGUCGCGUUCUUCGCUUACAAACUAAUAUUUCAAAGGAAAAAGCAAGAAAAGAAAGAAAGAAAAGAAAAGGAGGAAGAUGAGAGAAAAGAGAAAGAGAGAGAGGGAAAAAAAACAAUUUCACUUUGGCUCAUGUUUUUAUAUAUCGAGAGAAACGUGUGCACGGUGUUGCAACAAACAAUUAUUCUUAACUAUUCUUAACGAUUUAAAAUAACAAUAACGAUGUAGUCUAGUUUUCUACGACAACCAUAUUUUUUUACGAGACUUAUUCUUUAGAGCAUUUAUAUUUUUAAUUGUGAACUGUUGAAUUUCACUGUAGAAAUUAGCACUGUUUCUUUUUUUUUUCUUCUUCUUUUUUUUAUAAUACGAACAACAUUCGUUUACAUUUGUCACAUCAUAAAGAAAAAUCAUAUUUUCGAUUAAAUCUUCUGAAUUCGUUUUAGCUUGCCGAUAAAAUAAUUCCAAUAACAUUAUUCGUUCUCGUAUCUCGAAGCGAUUGCGAGAUAGAUUUUUAGUUGCGCAACGAGACGCUAUAUAGCGAGCGGAGAUAGAUCGCGUAUUCGUCGCAAGGUGUUCUUCCCAGACAAAAAAAAAAAAAAAGAAAAAAGAAAAAAAAAGAAAAAAAUGAAAAAAGAAAAAAAAACGGGUAGCGGUAAAUUCUCGAGUACGAUUUUUAACGUAUAAUAAUAAAUAUCCAGGAAUCAGCGUGUUUAAACGCACGGCAAACAUUAGCAAGGAAGAGAAUAAAAAAAGGAAAACAAAAAUAAAAAAAGAGAAAAAUAAUUAACGUGAGACGUAAAAAGUAUAUAUACAUAUAUAUAUAUAUAAAAGAGAUAUCGUAAACCCCGCUAGAGCAGCUGGCCAUGUUGGGCGGGGCUCGUUGUUUCUAGUACGUAAGAGAGUAGAUUAAGCGAUAUGAUAAAAGUAUUUAUUUUUGUGACAGGUAAGUGAAUUAAUUAUUAAUCGUGGUAAGAAUUUAGCUCGUAAAGACUGCGUGCUGCUAAAGAGAGAGAACGAGGAGUGGAGGGACGGAGAUGGGGGAGAGGGGCGAGGGAUAAGAAAUAGGAGAGAGACGCAAGGAGGAAGGAGAAGAAGAAAAAGAUGGAAACAAGACACGUGUUGAUUUCCCAUUCAAAACGAUCUUCGAUCAGGACACCGAAUUUUAUUGUAACUAAACGUUUUCGCGAUGACUGGACCAAAGCGUCCGUGGAACGGGCGAUGACGAUUCGAAAUAAUAUAUUUAAUCAUUUUCCAUCACUGCCUAACUUCUGAUUAACUUGUAUAUAAGAACGGUACACUGGAACGUACGGGAAGAAGAAAUAGCAGAAUGCAUCGGGAAAAAGAAGGAAAAAAGGAAAAAGGAAACUUGGAAACUUCGACCGCACCUUGAUGGAAGAAGAAACGAGGAGAUGCCGAAUGUAGAAUCAAUUCGAUAAAUCGCUCGUGAGAUUUUCGUUUCUAUCGUACAUUCACCAGAAGAUAUUUCCGUCAAUUGUGAAAUUAUAUUCAACUCCUUUCGAUCGACUUUUUGCAACUAUGAGUUACUUCGUUCCAAGUUUCAGUUCGUUUUUUUUAUUAAGAGGAAAAAUUGCACCAUGCAUCCGAUCAACGAAGGUGGAUUCUAUAAAAAGGAGGAAAAACGAAACGAAAUAUAUUCAAUGGAAUAUAUGAGAGCGAAAGGAAAAAGGAAUAUCUGUAGUGCACGACGAAAUAGAGAUUUCUCCGAUUUUUAGCAGCGCCUACACUUAGGAUGUAAGAUUUACGUAUAAAAAAAAAAAAGAAAAAAAAAAAGAAAAGGAAAAAAAAAGAAACUGAGGCGAACAAAGUUGCCUCGUAUCAACUCGAUCACUACCGCAUGUCUUUGAAGUUACUGAAGUAAGUAUAGAAAAGACAAAAAGAAACGACGUAAUUAUGUUAUUACUUAGAUAUUUUCAAUUCCCAACCAAAUAUUAGAUCUAGAUAGAUACGUGAGAUAUUUCACGUCCACGUCACAUUGAUCGAGAAUACGAUAGAUCGAAUACGUUAAACAAAUCGAUAUUAACCUAUUUUCGAUUAAUCAAGAUGUCGAAUUAACUUAUUUUCAUUAUCUUUCUAUUAACGAAGUCUGAACUCAAUAGUGAAACAAGUUUUUUUUUUUAUUAUUAUUUACACGCGAGAAGAAAGAAAAAUUAAAACCGGUUAUCGCCUCGAAAUAACAUAGUUCCAUAUUAGAUCUAUUUUAUAAUUGAUCGAUAUGUGUGCAUGCCUCUUACGCUAUACUAUACUAAACACACAAACACGAUCGUAUAUACAUACAUACACACGCGUACGUGCACUAUCACUAACGGUAAAUUGUCUUAUCUUACUUAUACCUAGUGUAUCUAGAGCCUUGCGUCUGUAAGAUCUUGUAUCUUGUAUGAAUUAGAAAAAUUUGAUCGAAACCAAACGAUUAUUGUAUCAUUAGUCAAAAUUAUUACGUGUUUGACGUAUCGUUUAGACCGUUUCGAGAACUUGUAAAGAAAAAAAAAAAAAAUUGAGAUAUAUUAUCUGAAAAAUUUCAAAAGCAAAGAUAAACUCAAACUUACCGAUUCGAAAUAAAAUUGGCAAUCUGAUCGAGGACGAGCGAUACAAAAAUGUCACCUUGAAAAUUUGCAUCGUAUAAUUUAGAUACACGCGAACGAGAAGAAUAACACGAGAUACACACGAACAACUUAACUUAACACAAAAUCUUCCUUUUCCAAACAACUUCGCAAAGCAGAGUAUUUUUCUGGAAUUUUUCCUAAGGACCAGAAUUCAUAUUUUCUAAGAUCAAGGGAAAAUAUCACGUUUCUUCUUAAGUUUAUCGAAGUAGACAAUAAGAAACGAGGUACGAAACGUCGUUGCAUCAGAAUCAGUUUUGAACACGCGUCGCAAUCGAGCGUUACGCGAUUGUCAUUCUAUGUACAGUUUCGAGUAUAAAAAAUAGACGACAGUGAUGGGCAAAA